AUGGAACAAGUAAGGAAACAGUUGGGACAGUAUGUUCCUGCUAUCCGUUGUAUCGUAUCACCGAAUACGGGAACUAAGAUAGAAAGCGUUGGCGACAUAAUGGAGAAUCAUAGUUAUCAGAAAACUGACGAAAGGUCACGAUAUGCAUCAAAUCAUCAUACUUCAUCGGAAUUAUUCGAGAAGUAUUGGAGAAAGCGUCAUAUACGAUUAAAAAGUCAAGUUGGUAGAUUAUCCGAUGGGUUUCGUCGUAAUGUCAAAGUUAUAUAUGUUUAUCGUAAUGGUGAUACAUUUACACCAGCUAUACGUGUACAUUUAAGACCUAUACAAGCAAUGGAUUUCGAAUUAAUUAUGCGUGCAAUUGAAGAUUGCGUUAUUUUACCAUAUGGAAAAGCUGUUCGAAGGUAA